AUGUCGGACUCGGACGCGGACUACAAGAAGCAAGUCGAAGAAGCGAACCAGACGCUCAUCGACGGGCUGUCGGCGCACGUGAAAGUAGCGGGCCGCGGCGAGGACGUGGAAGAGCACUCGUGGGAACCGUUCCUGAAGCAGCUGAAAGGGCUGGUGGCGGACGGGGAGCUCCUGGACGGCGCGCGCUCCGAGCUCGAGGAGUUCCGGGACAGUCUGCUGGACAACACCAGCAACCUGUUCCGGUACAGGGGCCGGGAGCUCGAGGACGCGCUGAAUACGCCUGAGUUCUUUCUCUUUGGUGGGUGGUCCUGA